AUGUCUCUCUCGCAACUCCAUUUGCCCUCCUUCACGGUUGUCCUGACUUCGGACCACGGCUCCACGAUUCUAAGAGAUUAUCAACGAGCGCAAAGUCGCGAAAUUCAAAUCCCCAUUUUUAGACCAGAGGACGACGGUCUAUUGGACACGAUGGACAUGCGAACGCCGACAGGUUUUAUUGUCUAUAGAUGCGAGUACGCGCGUGACCAAGAUACCGCGACCCUCUUUGGAGAUGAUGUCCAGACGGCGGAUCCGAAAGCGUCGAUUAAAGGUGUUUUGCAAGGGUUUGGGACGCAAGUAGAUUCAUGUUCAAGUCGAAGUUCAUCGGACGUGGUCGUGGAUGAGUGCCGAUUUGUCUUCCCGCCUUUCUAUCUUGUUCUUGUGCAUCGCUAUCUUAUCAUUGCUAUCUUCGUUGUCAUCGAAAAAAACCGACCCUCACGUUCAUUCAAUUCACCUAAUCUGUUCAUAGUUUAG